GUUCCUCUCCUUGUCUUGGAUCCUAGUCCAUUUCUAAGAAGAUCAUGGCCUACCUGCUCCAUGCUCAACUAUUUCUACUGACUACCUUUAUAUUAGUUUUGAACAUGAGACUUUGUCCUGUUCUAGGUCACUUUCUGGGUGGCAUAGAGAAGUCUAGCAUGGAGGAGGAAGGAGCCUCAGAAGCAUUGAACUAUGCUGUCAAUGAAUAUAAUGAAAAGAACAGUGACUUGUACCUGAGCCGUGUGGUGGAAGUGAAGGAUGUCCAAAAGCAGGUGGUGGCUGGAACCAAAUUUUUCUUUGAUGUGAUUCUAGGCAAAACAAUAUGUUUGAAGACACAGGGUGACUUGACCAACUGUCCCUUAAAUGAAGAGGCUGAUCAGCAGGAGCAUGAAUUCUGCUCUUUCGUGGUUCAUGAUAUCCCAUGGGAGAAUUAUAUUGUCUUGCUGAGCUCCAGCUGUCAUAGUAUAUGAAUUAGUGUCAAGUGUUACUGUGUAGGAUGCAGAUGUCUCUGGCAAUGCCUCAUCACUCCAGUGGAUGAUCUUUCCUUGAUGGAUGCUUACCAGCAUGGAUAUUAGCAAUGGAAUAGACUGCUGUGCACUUAGAGUUAGACCCAAGCACCUCUCCCUUUAUUCUUCCUCUACAAAUGCCCAUAUUUGCUUGCUCAUUCCUUGCUCAAUAAAAUGUCCAACAGCU